GAAGUGUUUUGGGUUAAGUGAACCCUGCGUGUGCGUGUGGCGAAGAACAGCGAGAUUCUCCUACAAAUAAUCAACACCCCCCACUAGUAAUUGAGGCAAUUUUCGCGUCCGCAUAGAUUUUUUAUGUGAUUUUUGUGAUGGAAGAUAUAGAAUUAACUAAGGAUGCUUAAAAGCGCGAUUUAUAUAUUGAACUGUACGCGUAAAUCGAUACACGUACAAGCGUGGAAGCAAUAGAAGGAGAAAAACGACUGCGCAGCGGCGACACACUACAGAGAUCGGCCUGUUGUGCAUGUAUGUCAAAAUUCCGUAGCAACUGCAGUUGCUGAUCUUGUUCGCUCUUAACAAAACAGUGAAGUGCCGCUGACAGCCAUCGCUAUGGCCAGGUGAAACAGAAGACGGUGGAUUUGUUUAGUCAUGUGGCACACGUCUUUCAGCCGCUGGAUCUGCGACUCUGUGACAAGGUGAUUUUACCGGUGUUUGGAUCUGUUUUAUUCCAUAAGUCGCUGUGUUAACCCGUAUUGUACUAUUACUGGCUUAUAAUAUGGGCUGACGGAUAAUGAAAUUACGAACAACGUAUUUAAAUGGUGAUUAGUCGCGUGUUUUAAUGUAUUCACUGUACAUGUAUAUGUUCAAUGCACACUGAUUAUCAGAUCUGAAAGUCAGAAUUUUUUGGGUGGAUUUUUUGUUCAGUGUGUUUUGUCUUUUAAGUGAUGUGAUUUCCAUUGUGAAUUUGUGGACAAAGACGCCAUGUCUUCUAAUAGCUCUAGUACGGCAGACUGUCUCGAGACAAGAUACUGGUAUUCAUUUCUAGCAUCCAGUCUCAUCGUCUUUUUCGCCGGAAUAGCUUUCAUCUCCUUCUAUCGUUUCUUCGUUUGGAUAUGCUGCCAGCGGGCCGCGAACACCGUUCCACCACCAGGGGCGUCCCCCAAAGUGGCCAAUCAUUCUGGAACUGUCAACCCCCCGCCACAGAAACGUAAAGGAUCCGCCAGCGUUAAUGCUACCAAUAAUGCCGGUGCCCCGGCACAGAAGAGUCCCGAUUCCGAAAUAGGGUAUAUUACGGAAGCUAAAGACUGGGCGGGGGAACUGAUAUCGGGACAAACCACCACGGGCAGGAUUCUAGUUGGUCUGGUCUUCCUGCUAAGUAUAGCGUCUCUCAUCAUUUACUUCAUUGAUGCAUCUGAGGAGACCGUUGAGUCUUGCACCCCUUGGGCUGACAGCCCACGGCAGCAAGUGGACCUGGCGUUCAAUGUUUUCUUUCUCAUCUACUUCUUCAUUAGGUUUGUGGCAGCAAAUGACAAACUGCUGUUCUGGUUGGAAGUUUUCUCCUUCGUGGAUUAUUUUACAAUCCCCCCAUCAUUUGUGGCCAUCUAUCUGGACAGGAAUUGGCUGGGUCUGAGGUUUUUGAGAGCAUUAAGACUGAUGUCCAUCCCGGACAUCUUGACCUACUUAAAUGUCCUAAAGACCAGCACCAUGAUAAAGCUGUCCCAGCUCGUGGCUUUCUUCAUCAGUCUCUGGCUGGCAUCAGCUGGUUUCUUACAUCUAAUUGAAAAUGCUGGCGAUCCCUGGGAUAACUUUGAAAAUCCUCAGUUGCUGACAUACUGGGAAUGUAUGUAUUUCCUCCUGGUAACCAUGUCAACUGUGGGUUAUGGUGAUGUUGGAGCAAAAACUGUUCUCGGCAAGAUCUUCAUUGUACUCUUCAUAAUGAUCAGCAUUGGUAUGUUUGCGUCUUGGAUACCAGAAAUCGCAGACAUAUUGGGCCGUAGACAAAAGUAUGGUGGCUGCUAUAAAAAAGAAAGGGGUAAAAAACAUAUAGUUGUAUGUGGCCACAUCACCUUUGAUUCUGUGUCCAAUUUCCUGAAAGAUUUUCUCCACAAAGACAGGGAAGAUGUAGAUGUGGAGAUUGUAUUUAUUCACAAGAUUUUACCAGAUCUAGAGUUGGAGGGUCUGCUGAAGCGACAUUUUACGCAGGUGGAGUUUUUUCAUGGAACUGUCAUGGAUGCCAAUGACUUGGCCCGAGUUAAGAUUGAUUCAGCUGAUGCCUGUCUGGUCCUGGCCAAUAAGUACUGUGAAGAUCCAGACCAGGAAGAUGCUGCAAAUAUAAUGAGAGUUAUUUCCAUAAAAAACUUCCACGCGGAGAUUAAAGUCAUCGUACAACUGAUGCAGUACCACAAUAAGGCAUAUCUACUGAACAUUCCGAGCUGGGACUGGAAGAGAGGGGAUGACGCAGUGUGUGUGGCGGAGCUCAAGCUUGGAUUUAUAGCUCAGAGCUGUCUAGCUCCCGGCUACUCGACUCUGAUGGCGAAUCUCUUCACCAUGAGAUCAGACAAACCUAAGAGUUACUUGAGAUCCCUCUAUCUUUUGAAGAUGGUGAAUUACGCUACAGACAUGCCGCAGUGGCAGUGCGAUUACAUGAGAGGAACGGCCAUGGAGAUGUACACCGAAUACCUGUCCUCGUCAUUCAAUGGCAUGACAUUCCCAGAGGCAGCAGAGUUGUGUUUCUCCAAACUGAAGUUGUUGCUAUUGGCAAUUGAAGUCAGACAGGAAGAUGGGAGGGAGAGCACUCUGGCCAUCAAUCCAGGGAGUAAGAUAAAAAUAGAAAAUGCCACUCAAGGAUUCUUCAUCGCAGAAUCAGCUGAGGAGGUCAAGCGGGCAUUUUAUUACUGCAAGUCAUGUCACGCAGAAGCAACAGAUGUACGGGCCAUUAAGAAAUGUCGUUGUAGACCACUGGCCCAGUUUAAGAAAGGAGUGACUGCCGUAAUAGGAUUUGGGAACAAACUAGCUGCUGGCAGGUUUAUGCAGUACAAUGUAAAUCACUCCUGGAAACUAAAAGUUGGUUCGUUCCGUUACUCUGCCAAUCCGUUAUUGAACAAGAAAGAACGGCCGGCCUCGGGAAUGAAGGACAAGCCAGCAGGAAAUGCUGCGGUACCAAUGGCUGCUGGAGAAAAGAGGAUAUCACUUUCUUUAGGCAAAUCUGAGAAACUGUCCAAGCACAUGUCUAUAAAGGGCCCUCGCCUGGCAAUGGCCAUAGCGAACUUGUUGUCUAAAUCCAAAGAAAAUCAGCCAACUACCCCUAGCGCUGCAGCCCUCCCUCCGCUACAAGAUCCUGUGUCUCUGGACCAUAGUGUGGCCCCUGGAGAUGAACCUAGGAAAUUUGACUCAACAGGAAUGUUCCAUUGGUGUCCCGCAAGGCCACUUAUUGAUGCCAGAAUGCAUAUCGAUGUUGAAAACAUAGGGGAAAGAGACACUAAAAGUGAUGAUGAAAUGAAAAGUUGGAAGGCCAAAGACAGAGAGAAGGCCUCGGCCACAGUUCUCUGUAACCAUGUGGUGGUGUGUCUGUUUGCUGACGCCAAUUCCCCCCUGAUUGGUCUGAGGAAUCUGGUCAUGCCGCUCCGUGCCAGCAAUUUCCACUACCAGGAGCUGAAACAUGUAGUGAUAGUGGGCAACAUAGAGUACCUGGAACGGGAGUGGAGAACCCUGCAAAACUUCCCCAAAAUCACCAUUCUGGCUGGCUCCCCUCUGAACCGAGCUAACCUGCGAGCUGUGAAUGUGAACCUCUGUGAUAUGUGUGUGAUUUUGUCUGCCAAAGAUAAGAACUUGGAUGACCCCCAUCUGGUAGACAAGGAGGCCAUUUUGUGUUCUCUCAACAUCAAGGCCAUGACGUUCGACGACAGUAUGGGGCUGAUACAUGCCUCCUCCCAGCCGGCUCCAGGAUUUCUGCCUCCCGGAUUUUCCCCCAUAGGAACUUCUAAAAGAUCCAGGAGGGGGUCUGUGUGUGGCUCCAAUGUCCCACUCAUCACAGAACUAGCGAAUGACUCGAAUGUGCAGUUUUUGGACCAGGAUGAUGAGGACGACCCUGAUACAGAGUUAUACAUGACACAACCGUUUGCCUGUGGGACGGCUUUUGCUGUCAGUGUGCUGGACUCGCUGAUGAGCACAAGUUACUUUAAUGACAAUGCCUUAACUCUGAUACGAACGCUGAUCACUGGAGGAGCUACCCCUGAGCUAGAACAGAUCCUGGCUGAGGGGGCGGGGAUGAGAGGCGGAUAUUGUACCCCCAGUGUCCUGGCCAACAGAGAUCGGUGCCGUGUAGCCCAGAUCUCACUUUUUGAGGGCCCACUGGCACAGUUUGGUGAGGAUGGUUGUUACAGCAGUCUGUUUCUGUAUGCCCUGAAGAACCUGGGCAUAUUGUGCAUUGGUCUGUAUCGCUUCAGAGACACUAACGAAUCCUCCACGAGUCCUUCAUCAAAGCGCUAUGUGAUAACCAACCCCCCAGAAGACUUCAAGCUUCUUGCUACAGAUCAGGUUUUUUGUCUGGCUCCCUGCAAUCUGUCACAAAGUUCAAAUUCUUCCCAAAAAGACAAAAAGAGAGGAAAAGCACCGAAACUUACGAAAAAGGAGAAGAGAAAAUCAGCUCUUUUGCCUUCAGCCCUUCAAAACAGUGUCGAGCGACCAACCCUCAAGACAAGAGAGGGUGGAGGAUGCCAUUCUGAAGCUAAAACAUGACAUCAAGCAGAAUAUUAUUAAUACUUAGGUGAGAGAGACCCGCACUGGAACAUUUCACAGCUGCUAGUCGGUCCCAUCGUGUGCUCCGCUGAUUAACGUAGAAACAGGCAUUGUUUUCAGUGCUCACAAUAGGGAGGAAAUCAGACUUGACUGAAAUUUUUAUUGCUUGGGUUAGACUGUAAGUUAGGCUGUGAAUUCUGGGGCAUUUGGAUAAAUACAAUCAUGCAAUCAGUUUGAAGUGGAGCAAAGGAAACUUUCUACUGUUUACAGCAGUUUUUCCACUUCAGUUUUAUCUUUUGCUUUUUUAUGAAAAGGUUAAAUUCAAACAUUUGUAGUGAAAAUAGCAUUAUAGUUUUUACAUACCGGUAGUAUAAAAAUUUUAAUCGAGAAUGAAAACAGAUUUCAUUCCUAAAAUGUGAAUUUAAACUGUACAGUAGGCAUUGACUUUUUUAAAUCUGUGUAUCAGUAUUUUCCCUGAACCAUUUUCUUAGAGGUGUUUCUUAAUAUGUAUGUAUUUGUGUGUCCUUUUGUCCAUUUGUCUGUACGUAGAUUCCCACUCGGAGAGGUUUUUUUAAUUUAGAAUGGCAAUAAUUUCAGGACAGAAGACUUGGUCUGUGAGAUUUAGUCAGAAAGACAUAAAUUGUUUUCAGAAUUUUGUGCAGAAAGUGUUGAUUUGAUGUUUUGAAUGCUUCUGAUAUCCCAAGUUUUAUAUGUGUAUUAAUUUUAUUGUAUUCAAAAUUCAGUGCUGAUUAGAGAUUAGGGACAUGUGAUGCAAUCAUGUGUUAGUACCACUACUUUUGUCUAUAUUAAGUAUUGAUAUUCUGGCAGUAACCAUGAACUAGUGUACAUAUGAACAUAUGAUAGUGCCAAAUUGUGAGUCCCACUAGUACAAGUAAACACACAGUACUCAGAACCCAGCAAACUCUUCUUAACUUUGAUAUUAUGUUGAAAAAAAAUGGAACAUGAAGAACACCCUAGGCUUGUAUUGUACACAGGUGACAAUUGUAGUUUUGUUGGUAACAAUCAUUUUGAAUGGUUGAGCAGCACAAUUUAUUUUUUUAUAAUAAAAUUUUCAGGAACAUAAUUUGUUAUGGAAAGCAUUGUGACAUCAUUAAUACUUGGCAUUCUUGUAUGAAAUAAGUCGUAAAAACACAAUAAGAAGUAUAUUUAUCACAUGAAAAAUUCGAUUAUAUAAAUGGGUGAAGUUAUUCCCUAAAUGAUCAACAACUCGUUGGGAAAAAAUUUGUAGAUAUGAGAAGUUAAAGAAUGGACAUCUCAUAGACAGGACAACUCAUUGUUAGGACAAAUCAAAGAAUGGACAUCUCAUAGAUGAGACUACUCAUUGUUAUUACAAGUCAAAGAAUGGACAACUCAUAGAUAGGACUACUAAUUGAAAUAAGAUGGUAAAAAAGAAACAGAAAUAAGAAUUUCUAAAAUGUUUUUAGUAACACAAUAUUCAAUGUUUCAGUGAUAUGUGCCAAGCCCUCAAUGUAAUUUAGAUAGAUUCCAUUUUCUACCCUUGAAGAAAGUGAAAAUACUAUCAAUUAAUAGUAUAAUUUUUCAAUUGGUUUCUUGUCAUUUCCUGCUUGUCGGCAAGAUCAGUCUCUUCACCAUGCAAGGAAACUUGCAUUUCUGGCUUGGGUUUCUUGAAAAAAUCUCAAACCUAAGUUUGAGUUUUCUUUUAUUUGAGCAGUCAAAAUGUGAGCAAAAUCUCAGACUUUAGUCCCAUUUUCCACUUGAGUUUCGAUUGAGAAAUCCAGGUCUGGAUUAUUCUCCUUUGAGAGAAGAUAUAAAUUUGAAAGUACAUUGAUGCACCGACAAUGGAGAAGCUUUUAUGUCAGCCUUCUAAAACAAUUGUGUGUAUGGGGGAUCAUUGGCUAAAACACAUUCAUACAGAUUCCAGCACUCGAUGGAGUAAUGGAGAUCCUUCUAUUUUAAUGUUAGCUUACUUAGCUAAAACAGAAAUGGCAACAUUCCAUUGAUACAAGUGAUGUCGUGGAGAGGCCUGGCUUUGACUUUUCGUGUCAGUAAGUUUGACUUUCGAUGGUUUGACUUUUGGUGAAUUGUUCCCUUUGACAAGUUGUCUGGCGCCGAUUCAAGACAUAUUCAGCAGGUGUUCCUUUAUUUCUAAUAAUGAGACUCAAAUGUAUAAUUACGUACAGGAAGAAGACAUACAAUAUGAUUAUCUUAUGUCAAAUUUACUGUUACAAACUAAAAGAAAUUAUUUCGCAUAUAAAAUUCAUUUAUAGGAGAAAAGGGCAGCUGUCUUUUUAUUUGUAUUAUAGAAACAAGCCUAUAUCUCUACCAAUUCAAGGAAGUAUUAAAUUAAUAUAAAUAUUUGCAUAUAUAAUUAGAAAGUGUUAAUUGAAUAUCUAUCAUUUUCUUGCUACUACUUACUGAAAAAUAAUGGAUAACGUAACAAAAUCAACUAGAUGACUUUGCCAAGGAUCAAACCUGGAGCCUCUGGCGUGGCAGCCCAGUGCUCUACCAAUCAAGCUAAAGGAGGGUUAACCCACUAGCCAGAGUUGAGGUUUUAUCUAUUGACAAAGUGGUAAUAAUGCCGUGGAGUUCAAUAAGUUAGCAUGAAUCUAGUUACAUAUUUAUUUGUUAUUUUUUCAAAGAGAUAUAAUUUUGAAUAUAAUGAAAUUACUUUCGCAUUCCUUUCAUAUGUAAUGUACAGCAAAAACAAGCCGUUAAUUACCAUAAUUGUUUUUCUUGCAUUCUUUAGGCAAAAUGGUGGAUUUAAAUGAAAUGAAUAAAGGCCAACAUCAGCUUUUUGUUAACUGUGGCCUAUGGUUUGACAUAAAAUGCUAAUCUUGUUUUUGUGAGAGUUACAGAGUGCCAAUAUUUUAGGAGUUCAGAUUCAAUUUGAUAACAAUUUUUAAAUAGUUCUGAUCCUUUGCCAUCAUGAUCUAAGGAUUUUUAUGUUUGAUAUGUUUUAUCAAUUUAAUGGAGGAAUUCCGAUGCACUACUAAGAAGGAGAUGGGAAUCUAUCUGUUUUACCUCAAGAUAAUUGUAAAUCUGUUUUGAGAAAAUUUUGCAUGCAUUAUUUAACAGAAGAAUAGGUUUUUAUGUUCCCAGAAUCAAAGAUUUGGGGGCAUAUAGUUUUUGGCUUGUUUGUCUGUGGUAAAAAACUUUAACCUUCAUCAUAUUUUUUAAACCAUAAGAGCUUUUAUAUUUGGUGUUAAGAAAUGAAUUUUAUAAUUCUUUUCUGGAUGGCGGUAUGAUAAGGAAAAUUGGACAGAAAACUUCAUCAAUGCGUGUGCAUUGAUGAAAACGUUUUCUGUCCAGUUUUCCCUUUGAUACCGCCAUCAAGUUAAGAAUUAUAAGAUUCAUUUCUUAUCAUUUAAUUAUGUUUUUAAAUAGUUAAACAAAUAGUUUCUCUCAUCAAAAGGCACAUAGGAAUACAUGUACGUAGCAAUGAAAACCACUCCAAUGUGCAUUCAGGUCAGGUAAAAUUACUGAGCAGAAUUAAAUGGAUUGGACGCCAAAUUAAAAGUGCGAUGGUUAAAAGAUUAAUUAGAUAUGAAGGAAGAAGACAGGCAGUGACUCUAUGUAUGCUGCAUUGUGUUGGAGGAGACGUUGAACACUGGUUGUGCCGAGGGAACGAUGGAAUGCAAGUCGUAGGUUUUCUUUGAUGCAGAAAUCAAGCGAAUUUUUAAGCCAAUCAAAAUCGCCUUAAUUUCAUUUUAAAAGACAAUAAAUAUUAAAUGAUGUGUAUUUCUUGUGGCAAAACUCUUUGACCAUGUGACCUUAACUUUGACCAUGUUGCACUUUGUUGUAAUCCGGGGGCACCAGUGUUUCACAAACACAUCUUCAGCAUUUGUAAUGCUACUUUAGUAAAAUUUGUAUGUUUUACAUCAAAGAAAUUGCAGAUGGUAUUUUAUGAAGGCUAAUUGGUCUGAACUGUACAAUUGUAUGAAGUUUUGUUUUUCCUUAAUGAUAAUCUAUCUCCAAGAGGAGAUAACCCUGUUCAUGUAUUCAUGAUAUGACUGUGAUACCAUUUUUAUUUUGUCUUAUAUUUUUAUACUUUUUAAGUGUUACAGUGUACCAUGUUUAAGUGUUUGUCUCUGCUUUUUGCUACACCCCCUCCCUACCCUCUGUACCUGCAGUAAUUUUAGCAUUUGGGGAAGGAAGUGAGUAUUAUAAGUGUUAUCGUAAUCUAAGAGUACAUGUAUUUCUUGCUGUGUAACUCAGGGGUAAUCUUCCCUUAACUCAAUGAGAAAAAACAAAUUGAGUUUGAAAAUUGAGAUAUUAAAAAAUAAGCACUGAAAGUGAAUGUCGCAUAUUACAUGUAUCGCUGUGAAGUAGACAACACAUAUGUAUGUCACAUAUUAUCACUGUGAAAUAGACAACACAUGUGUAUGUCACAUAUCACUGUGAAAUAGACAACACAUGUGUGUCACUUAUUAUCACUGUGAAAUAGACAACACAUGUGUAUAUCGCAUAUUAUCACUGGGAAAUAGACAACACAUGUAUGCGGGCUGUUUUAUUGUUAUGACUCAUUUCGGUUGUUGUUUACCCUUUUCUAAUUCUAAUCACACAGAAUUGCGAUGUUUGUUUUUCAGUUAUUGAAUUACUGUAUGUAUUUUUAAGAUGUACUUACAAUUCAAAUAAAAAUCAUUCACAGUA